AUGGAGGCUGCAAUAUGUACUGCACGGAAGGAGCAGCGCGAACCCGACAAAGUCGACUCAACUGUGUCACAGAAAGGUGUUGUUCUCGACAUUGUUGCAACAAUUGACCCAAAGCUCUGGAAGUUCUGCAGUCGAUAUGUAAAUGCAGCAAGUGUUUUCUACAGAGUGAAGGCCAAGGCCAAGUCUUGGGUCGAAGAUCGAAAGUGGCUGGAGAGAAAUUGGAUUAAGGUGGACUCGGAUGUUGACCUUUUCGCAAAGGAAACAAAAACUUGGGGUGUUACACGAGAGGCCGUUCGAAAUCGACAUCAAGUCCUCGCCAAUGAAGUAAUUUCAAAGUUUUCAGACCGCCGUCUUCGCAGCGAGUACGCCACCAAGUGUGGCAAGGUCACCAUUUGCUUCGAAGACGUGGUUGGAAGAGUUUGUCGAGGGUGGCUCUCGGACAGCUCGAUCGACUUCUGCUUGAGUGAAAUUGCUGCAUCCACGGAGGGCUGUCGCGUGUUGUCAUCGCUUCUAUGGCAGAUUGGCUGGCCGGCGACACCGCGGGUUCAGCUUCGCGACAUAAAGUUUGUCGUACAUCCCGUCAAUUUGAGCGCUAGCCAUUGGGGCACUAUAAUUGUUAACCUUGGGGUUUCAGACGGCCAGAUCCACGCACGACCUCACAUUAUCUCCCCGAUCUCCUCCAGCUUGCGCUUUGUGUCCGUGAGCUCUUCUCGCCGUGCGCGUAUCAAGCUCGUUGAGGACGCGUUGAUCAAGAACCACCUGGGGAAGCUGUACGAGCAGCUUUUGGAAAGCAACUUGAUCAAGAUUAUCCAGCCCUUCUCGUGCGUCGAUAUUGCACACGUCGCCAAGCUGAUCAAGUUGCCGCUGCCGCAAAUUGAGUUAAAGUUGUCGCAAAUGAUCUUGGACCACAAGUUCCACGGCAUCUUGGACCAGGGCAAGGGACAGCUUAUCGUGUACGACAGCCCCGUCGAGGAUAAAACAUAUACCUCCGGUCUUGGUGUCAUCGAGAACGUCGGAAACAUCGUAGACAACCUCUUUCGACGCGCCGACAAGCUGCAGGUAUAA